AUGGAUUUCCACACUGCAUACACCUCGAACAUGAACGGUGCUGAGGUCUCUCUGCAAAAACAAGUCAACAGAAUGCAAGACGACGGAUCCAGCUUCGACGAAUACAAAGUCCUUGCGGAGCUUUUUGCCGGAGUAUCCUACGACGAGGAAAAGAUGCGAGGUGUGGAUGCUAUCAUGGAAGAUGCUAUCAUGGAAGUUGUUCCCGAAACAGAAUGUUCUUGUGCUGAUGGCCAAGUGGAGAACGACAACCAUAACCAUAAUUUGCAGGAAGCUGUUUUACAAGAACUUAGAGAAUUGCUCACGGCAAUGUCAAAAACAGUUGAGCCCAAUGCGCAAACCAUGAAGGAUAGCAUCAACAACAGCGUCAACAUAAAUAAGACGCCUGCCAAAGACGAUAUCUUCAUCGCAAACACAGAUCUUAGAGAAUGCCUGCUCGUCGGAGAUUCCAAUAGUUCUACGAUAAGCGCAAACGGCGAUUACAUCCACAGCGAAGACGAAUGUAUACCUGAAGGUGUCGAAUUCGCUAAAAUUGAAGAUUCGAACCACGAAGAUCUCAGCAAAGUCACAAUGUACAACAUUGAACAGGCUGUUGCACGAUGUGAUUUUACUAGUACCCCCGCCAUCAACAUGGAUUACGGUGAUAGUGCCGUUGACGAUGCAUCCUUUCCAGACUUUUGCAACAAGUCGAAAGGCACUCAAUUGCCAGCCGGGACUUUCAUACUUUAA